UGUAGUUCUGUGGAGAGUGAAACAUCUGAGGAUACAGGUGCCACGUUGUCAAUACUGGAGAGUGAGGCUUGCGAGCCAAUUGAACAGAUUUGUUGUCUUGCAAGAGUGGUGGAAUUAUUUUGCGGGGAAAACAAACCUUGGAAAUGCCGGUGCAAGGAACGACAAAAUGAUAAAGAUGGUACCGAUGAGACACUUGACAGGGAAAAGGAGGCAGCGCAUAAAGACGAUAGCCUGUUUGAGACGAGUUCUUUCACAAUAUUUGACAUUCAAGAAGAUGAUCCAGAGGAGGACAAGGAAAACACUGACGGUCAAAUCGGAACUAUUUGUAGCUCUGAGCCUUGCAAUGAGGACGUUCAAAUGAUUGACUUAACUGACGACAAAGGCAAACCGGACUCAACUUGUGACCAAGAAAGUACUCUCGAGAUAAGCACAAGCAGCGAGUCAAGCAUUGUAUUCAUAACUGACGGCGAGGAUGAAGGUCUCCCCAUCCGUGAAAAUGAAACUCCCAUCCAGACGCCAAAAGUUGCCACUGAGCUGUCAGAACCUGAGUACGAAUGUGAGCAAGAACACCCGAAAUCCACAGGAACGAUGCAGUCGAGCGCUUCAGUCUGUGAUGACAAACAAAAUGAAAGCACUGAGCACAACGUUGCCAUCCAGAUGACGGACCGUAAGGAAGGCUGUGCACAGGCUCAGUUAAAAUCUGCAGAUGUGGCAAAGUCUCAAAUGGAAAACAAAGGACAAACUCAAAUCAGUGCCACAGCUGACCUCCAGACAUCUUCCAGCAGCUGCACUGAACAAGAAACAGCUGAGAGAGGGCAGAAGAGACGAAGCAGCCAUCAUACAUUUUCUCCCUUUCAAAAGAAGUCAAAGAAAUGCAAACUCUCUGUUGACCUGAGCUCAGAGCAUGCUUUUCAUGGCGCUUCAAAAUGUGAGAAGACUCUGGUCGAUGCAGUGGAAGCACAGCCUUUAAGCUCAAAUGUUAGAACUGUGGAACUGGUACUGUUUGGCUCAGCGCAGCAAGGUAAGUGUGCUGUAAUCGGUAAGAGGAAGAGUCAUGCUUUUCCAGGAGAUGAAACAAAUCGGCCUCCAGAAGUUGUCUCUGUGCAUCUCAGCCCCUUGAAGAGGAAGUCCAGUGAGGCCGUGCAAAGGAAACAGUCACUAAAACAAUGUCUUCAUGAAAAAUGGAGGCAAAGUUUACCACCAGCUGAACUUUGGCACAGAAACAAACUGAAAAGGCAGAAACGUCUGUCUGCCUUUGUUCCUGGGGUGAGCCUCAAGAGGGAGAACUCUGAGAUGAGAGUCUUACAUGCAAACAGCAAGAGGUGCCGGAAUCUGAAGAGGAAGAGGUCCCUGUCUAUUAGACUCAAAACCGGCAAAGUAAAGAAACCCAAUCAGCCCGAUGGUCGUGAGAGAAGUGACACUAAAAAUGGAAGCAGCAAGAUCAUGCCUCUCCAGGAGAACGUGUUGAAGUUCUGUGUAUUACCCAAAACCUUCGACUUCAAAGAUGGAUCCCACAGGAGGAAGGAACCCACCGAUUGUGCUCCAGAUAAGCCAAACCAUGCUAAGGAAAAGCACCAGCACUCCAGUAAAAGCCACUUCAAGGUCAAAGGGUCAUGGUGUCCAAAUCCUGAGGAGAGGUACAAACCUCUGUGUCCGUCUCCUGUUCCCAAGACCGCCAGCGUCUUCUACGAGUUCCAGAAGAAAUAUGUGAAGAAGGUUCAGUCAUCUACAGACAAACAACGUGACUGACUUUGCUGUCUUUUCCCGAAAGUUCUCCAUUUGGGACUUUUUUUUUUUUUUUUAAUCCAGAUUGUUACAGAAAUAUUUUCUUUAUUUUUUUUGUACUUUACAUAAAAUGUCCAGUAAUAUCUGCAGUAGUUUACAUGCAGGUAAAGAGUUCCCAGAAACGUUUUUCAAUGUAAAAUGUAUAUAUUUCAGCGAGCUAUUUAUAUUUUUUUACUUUGAUAUUUGCAUGUAGACAUAUAUUUAUGUACAUUUUAAGUAUUUUCUCACAGUCAGAACUAAGCCUUUUACUACAAAUGUAAAACACUGAUUGUGAAUCACUUGAAGCCAUCAGUUUUUUUUUCUUUUUGACAGGCUUUUAGAAUUUGGCAAAAAACAUCUUGCCACAGUAUCAUUGCAGUAUUAUUUAGACGAUGCAGUACGAAACAGCGUCGUCCUGCCUGCGCCUCAUGCAUGGAGCUGCAUUCAGGCUCGCCCAGGGGAAAAGAAAAACAAGUCACAGGGACACAGCUGAAGACAAUGUUUAGCUUUGUGUUGUUGUUUUUUUUCCUUUUACACCCUGUAGCACUGAGUUAGAAGACGAUGUUGCAUUUAAAGAUUCACACAAAACCUAAAGGGACCAUGAAGAAGUCGUUAUUGUUUACAUUGCAAGUGUCUGUAAUACAGACGUGUAGAUGCUGUACAUUCACCAGUUUCUUGUGUGGUGUUGUUAAUACGAAAGCACAGAAGCAGAUACGAGACUGUGACGGUGUUUUUGGUUUGUCAUUAUGCGUACUGCUAAAAAGUGCAGAAUGUUCCUGUCAUUAUCUGACUACCUAAUAGCUCUGUUUCCUAAAGUGCAAAGUGAGCAUUGAGGAGCCGUCGCACAUUCCUUAGAACACGAUUUGCACUGACACAAAUUUCCUUUGUUAACAUUCGAAUGACGUUUUAAUGUGAAAUACACUGUGGUGCUAAUGCUCAGACGAGACUGUUGUAUGAUUUAGAAUUUGUUUUUCAGCACGGGAAGACCACUUGUAGGCUCUCUCUUUAUUCUCUCCCCUCCUCUGCAGACACGAUGCACAAGCUUAUCUGGCUGGAUUCGCUAAGAGGUUCCACUCUUCUACUAAAACCCUAAAUUAGCUGAAAUAUUGACCUGCUAUCAGCAACGUCUGGCAGGUGAAGGUUGCUCUGACCAAACACUUCAGUUCCUUUCUCUCAACGGUUUUCUGCAAACUGGCGCUCGUGUAACUACUUAUCCACUUUAUGAGGUUCACCUUGCCAGUAGUGGGUUGGACCCAUUUUUUGCCUCCAGAACUGCCUUCUCUCUUUGUGGCAUAGAUUCAGCUACAUACUAGAAACAUUCAGUACAGAUUUUGGUCCAUAUUGACAUGAUGACAUUGCGCAGAUUUGUCGGCUACACAUUUCAGAUGUGAAUCUCUGUUUCCACCUGUUGUGGAAGAACUGCUGUACUUUGUAUGUACCCAGUGAGUUCUGUUGAACUGAAAUAAAGAGACCUGAGAAAGUAAA